AUGGCGAGGACGACACGGUCAAAAGGCGCCGACAAGGGUGCGAACAGCUCAAGCAAAGAUACCACAGCGUCAGCAUCAUCAAAAUACUCACUACCAGCCGAGUCCGAAUCUCCAUGCAUGGUCCUCAUCCUGCCAGAGAAGGCAACAUCUGAGGCAAGAGUUGUGUCACUCCAGAACCCUCGAUACUCAAAACCCACACGAUACCUCGUGUGUCCACAGACUGGCGCAUAUGAGUUCACCAGGAUCUCUGAACCCAAGACGACGCCGAGGAGUUGGCUUAUUGAGUCCGGAACCAAGGACCCAGCCCCAGGAUCAGGAGACGAUGAGAAGGAUGAGCAAGCGUUCCAAACCCAGGUCGCCAAAGGUGCAGAUCUCUACAUAGCCACACCUAUCGACCCAUUAUUCCUCGCCCUCCCAGCCUUGGUAAAACAGCUGUCAUCACCCAAGCGCAUGUUCCUGUCCAGCGACGAUCACUUCGACAGCAUAGCAGAGGACACGGCGCACCUGCGAGAGACGCUGAGAUGGCCGCGAUGGCGCGAGCUGCUCGAGUCCCGCAUGGCCUCGGGCUGCGACACGGUGGAGGCCGGGGACGAGGUCAUGUUCCGGCUGAGCGAGGAGAAGCUGCUUGGCCAGGUGCUGGCCAAGGCGGGCCGGAUGAGCGAGAACGGGCUGCCGAAGAGCAUGGAGGAGAAGUUUGUCACGAAGGCGCUCGAGGCUCCAGUGCUGGGGCGCAGGGCGGAUAAUGCAGCGGUCUCACAAUCGCAAUCGCAAUCACAGGCGUCUGAGGCGAUUGGCGCGGAUUCAGGCGCAGAAACGCAGGUGGAGUCUCAGUCGUCCAUUGUGACAUCUGCGACGUCCGCGUCCGAGGCUUCAACAGCCGCGACGUCUGUAGCAGACGACAGUGAAGCGACGGCCAGCAAGGACGUGGCCUCAGCAAUCCAGGCCUCACCGGAGGUGGUCAGGCUCCAGCGCCUCCGGAUAGCCUUCAACUUCAUCUGCUCCUGCUACGUGCCGCCGGCAUUGUCAGCCGUGCUCAAGAAGAUGCUGGCUGAGGGCAAGAGCCCGAGCGUGGACUUCAAAACCCUGGACGAGUACGUAGGGCAACUCACGAAAUUGCGGCAGGAGGCUAUGACGGCGCGGUCGGCGUCAGACUACAGCCGGAAGAGGACGCUGGACGAGGAGGACGAGGACCGCAGGGAGAAGAGGCGCAAGAAGGAGGAGGAGGAGAAGAGGAAGAAGGCUGGGGAGAGCAGGGGCGUGAGAGACCUGAAGAAGGUGAACACCUCGGGGAUGAAGAAGAUGAGUGACUUCUUCACCAAGAAGCCAAAAUCAUGA